GGGGGCAGAGAGAGAGAGAGAGAGAGAGGGGCGGGGCGGAGCGCGCGCGACGAUGUGAAGAUGGCGGAGCUGCAGAUGCUGCUGGAGGAGGAGAUCCCGGGAGGGCGCCGGGCCCUGUUCGACAGCUACACCAACCUCGAGCGGGUCGCCGAGUACUGCGAGACCAACUACAUACAGUCAACAGAUAAACAGCGGGCCCUAGAAGAAACCAAAGCAUACACAACUCAGUCCUUAGCAAGCGUAGCCUAUUUGAUCAACACCUUGGCCAACAAUGUUCUACAAAUGCUCGAUAUUCAGGCAUCCCAGCUUAGGCGCAUGGAAUCUUCAAUCAACCACAUUUCACAAACAGUGGACAUACAUAAAGAAAAGGUGGCUAGAAGAGAAAUUGGCAUCCUGACAACAAACAAAAACACCUCAAGAACUCACAAAAUCAUUGCACCAGCUAACCUGGAGCGACCAGUUCGCUAUAUUAGAAAACCUAUUGAUUAUACAAUUCUAGAUGAUACUGGGCAUGGCGUGAAGUGGUUGCUUAGAUUUAAGGUUAGUACACAGAAUAUGAAAAUGGGGGGCCUGCCUCGUACGACACCGCCCACCCAGAAACCACCCAGCCCUCCAAUGUCAGGGAAAGGAACUAUUGGGCGUCACUCUCCCUAUCGCACACUGGAGCCAGUGCGUCCUCCAGUGGUACCAAAUGACUAUGUACCUAGCCCUACCCGUAAUAUGGCUCCCUCGCAACAGAGCCCUGUUAGAACAGCUUCUGUGAAUCAGAGGAAUCGCACUUACAGCAGCAGUGGGAGCAGUGGCGGGAGCCACCCCAGCAGUAGGAGCAGCAGUCGAGAGAACAGUGGAAGCGGGAGCGUGGGCGUGCCCAUCGCUGUCCCUACACCCUCCCCUCCUAGUGUGUAUCCGGCCCCUGCCAGCUCUUCUCCCCUUCCUGCUGCUUCUGUCCCCGCUCCCACCACCCUCCCUCCUGCUCCCGCCCCGUCCUCCGCUGCCCCAGAUGCUGCCGCUGCUGCAGGGGCUCAGCCCCCUGCUGAUGGCUUCAGUUCUCCAACUCCCCCUGCUGCCUCUUCCGCUCCUUCCGCAGGUCACCCUGUUCAGUUCUACAGCAUGAACAGACCUGUUACUCGGCACACCCCACCAACAAUAGGGGGAUCUUUGCCAUACAGGCGUCCUCCCUCUAUCACUUCACAGAACAGCCUUCAAAACCAGGUGAACGGAGGACCGUUUUAUAGCCAGAACCCAGUGUCUCUUGCACCACCGCCACCCUCCAUCCUACAGGUAACUCCUCAGUUACCACUCAUGGGAUUUGUGGCCAGAGUUCAGGAAAACAUUUCAGAUACCCCUCCUCCCCCACCUCCUGCAGAUGAGCCUGUGUUUGAUGAAUCCCCACCUCCACCCCCUCCUCCAGAAGAUUACGAGGAGGAGGAAGCUGCUGUCGUGGAAUACAGUGACCCCUAUGCCGAGGAAGACCCACCGUGGGCACCAAGGACCUACUUGGAGAAAGUUGUGGCAAUCUAUGACUACACUAAAGACAAGGAGGAUGAACUCUCCUUUCAGGAAGGGGCCAUCAUCUACGUCAUCAAGAAGAACGACGACGGGUGGUACGAGGGUGUCAUGAAUGGAGUGACGGGACUGUUUCCAGGGAACUAUGUAGAGUCCAUCAUGCACUACUCGGAGUGAAGACCACCACGGCAAAGGGCAGGAUGGCACCUCAAUUGCCAGAGGGGUUGUUGGGCUCCCUAGAUCUCCACCAGCGCCUGGAGGAAUCUGGGCAAGUGAACUGAAGGAAGGAAGGAAAGAAAGAGUGUUGUAAUAAAACCACUUUAUUUUUUUGUCCCCCUCCCCCCCCAUUUUUAUAAAAUAGUGAUUUGAGUUGUUUGAAGAAUUGGCUCUUCCAUUUGCCAACAGCAGCUGAGCAGACUGACAUGUUUCCAAAAGACGACUGACUGAGGUGUAGAAACGGGAGAUGUAAUGAACUUGCCAGCGGAUUGACCCAUUGCUCAAAUUUGUGACCCCGCCCCCAUCCAGCCAAGACGUGGGAUUUUUCUCAGGAAUAAUCCAGGCCCUGGUAUUGGGACAUCCUGGAUGCCAGUGAUGAAGGCCAUCUGCCUUUCCCCUUCUUUUCUUCCCUCAACUUCCUGUUCUCUUAGUCUCUGUUGGAAGAGAACUACCAUAGGGUAGACGUUGGGGUCCGUGCUCCAGCUUGAUCCCAGCCUGGUUCCUUGCAUCUCUCCCCCAAGCACUGCUGCAGCUGCUCGGCACGUGUGACUUGACCCAGGCGUGGGUUGGUUUUGAGACAUCCACUUUUUUGUCUUUGACGACAUAGGAGGGUGUAGUAUCAGGAAUGACCUCUCUAUGUAAACCCUUGAAAAUCACAGGCUAGACUUCUCUCAGUGAUGAUGCUGACGGUACAAAUUGGAUCUGACUUUUGUUUCCAGAUUUUAGGGCAUAUCGCACAGUGGCAGGGCAGGCUAGGAGAUGGAUUGCCCAGGUUUGCUGACUGUUCUUGUUAAGAAUUCAGCUGCUUGCCAGCCUUUCUUGGGGCACUAAUCAGAAACAGAGGAGAGCUUCAACUGCCUUUUCUCCUCCCAAUAAAGCAGCCGAGUCUC